CAACCUGUGGAAGCUGUGAUGAGAGGCUGAUCCUCCCGCCGUGGACAAAAAAAAAAAACCCACACUCACCACCAUGUCAUGAGAGUUCACGUCCCACGCAGGACACCGUGAUCACAUCAGUGGACAGAGGACAGUAAAUCCCCGCGAGACGAGACACGCAGUGAGGAGGCGCUGUGUGUGUGUGCGUUUGUGCGAGCGCGCGCGCGCGUGUGUGUGUGUGUGCGUAUUUGGACCUGUUGAUCAUCAGUGACAGAUCUGCCGCUCCCUGAUUCACGCGCUCACCCACGCGCAAUUAUGUCACCGUCAUCUUUUCUGCUCUUCACCUUUUCUCACCUGUUGGCGCCUCUGCUUCUCUGUUACCUGCCUCAAGUGUCCACGCAGAAGACCGCGUCGCGGUGGUUGAUCGGCGACAGAGACAGUCACUGUGGGAUCAUCUGCACACGGACGCAGGGGAAGCCGGUGUGUGGCUCGGAUGGGCGGAGCUAUGAGACCGGCUGCGAGCUGCAGAGAGCGCGCUGCAAAGACAAGACACUCGCACUGGCACACCGCGGACGAUGUCGAGGCAAAAACUGGGUGAAACUUGACCAGUUGGCUGUGGUACCAGUACCGACCUCCACCUCUGAGGGGAGAGACCUGGAGCUGAAAGAUGCAGAUCAGUCCAAGUGUCGUGUUGAGAGGAACCAGGCUUUGGAACAAGCCAGGAGACCUCAGGAGUCCAUGUUUAUCCCAGAAUGCAACGAAGAUGGGACGUUUGCCCAGGUCCAAUGCCACACGCUGACAGGUUACUGCUGGUGUGUCACCAGUGAUGGAAAGCCAGUGAGUGGCUCGUCUGUGCAGAACAGGACCCCAGUGUGUUCAGGAAACUUCCAUGAAUUUAUGGGAACUCAUGCUGCGACAAGUGGAUUGUCAGGGUCAGUAACAGAUAAACCACCUGGGUCAUCGAACUCUGGUAGAAAAGUUUCUUUCCGUUUCUUUCUCACCCUCAACCCAGAUGAUGGCUCCAAGCCCACACCCACCAUGGAGACUCACGUCCCCCCUGAGGGUGACGAGAUCACUGCUCCAACGCUGUGGAUAAAACAGCUGGUUAAACAGAACAGCUCCACCUCCAGGAAGCAAGAGAAAGUUCCCUCUUGUGACCAGGAGAGACAGAGCGCCUUGGACGAGGAUCAGCAGAACCCUCGUGAGGCCAUUUUCAUCCCCGACUGUGGACCUGGGGGCCUUUACAAACCAGUCCAGUGCCACCAGUCCACAGGAUACUGCUGGUGUGUUCUAGUGGACACAGGACGGCCCAUUCCUGGAACCUCUACUCGGUACCAGAAGCCCGAGUGUGACAACACUGCGCGAUCUCGAGUCUCAGAUACAGAAGAUCCCUUCCAGGGCAGAGAUUUGACAGGCUGCCCAGAGGCGAAGAAAGUGGAAUUCAUUACAAGCUUGUUAGAUGCCCUCACCACAGACAUGGUGCAGGCCAUUAACUCACCAACCCCCUCUGGUGGUGGGAGGUUUGUCGAGCCUGACCCCAGUCACACUUUAGAGGAGAGAGUGGUGCACUGGUAUUUCGCCCAGCUGGAUAACAACAGCAGCCAGGACAUAAACAAGAAGGAGCUGAAGCCUUUCAAGAAGUACCUGAAGAAGAAAGCCAAACCCAAGAAAUGCUCCCGCAAGUUUGUCGACUACUGCGACCUGAAUAAGGACAGGGCCAUUUCUCUGCACGAGCUCAAAGGCUGCCUGGGUGUCAGCAAGGAGGGUAGCUCAACGAGUGGCAAUCAAGGGACAAGGCAAGGGACAAAUUUGUUCAUAGGUCGUCUGGUAUGAGAAGAGAAGGAUCCAGAAGCUGAGAUGAGAGCAGAGGGCACAGAGGGAAAGCAUCUGUACGCUUGCUGACAGGAAAGAGAAAGAUGGAGCAGAAAAAUUAAGACGUUCCUAAGAUGUUGGUUUUUUUUAAGAAAAAAAAGGGACAGAAAAAAAAACGAAGUGGCGCCAAAAUAUUUGCACUUUCGCCUCCCUAUGUUUGAAAUUGUACCUGUUUGUAUGUGGGGUUUUUUUUCUGAAGUGACUGAAAAGGUUCUAGAUAAGAAUAUAUUUGUAAAGAGAUUACAUGAGCAGCUCACCACUGGAAGAGCGAGCGGGUUCAUGUUACUUCAUUUCUCCCAUGUGUUCUGUCUGCCAUGUUUAGUGGCUAUACAUUUAAACGUAUACACAGGUAGUGUUGGGCCACUAAAAUCAAACUCCCAUUCAAUCUCUUUCUGUCUAAAUGUCGCUCGAUACACAUUUCAAACUCCUAAAGGAAGAACGGUGAUGGUGUAGACGAGUUCAAAUGAAUUGUGUCAUUUCUAUGUGAACAUUAGAAUUAAACUGUGAUCGCAGAGUCUAAAUGAUCAGCCCAGAAUUCGCUGUGUGAAGCCCCCCUUGCACUGUUGCAUGCAACACAUUUGACUCAACAAUCACAUUCUUGUGAAGAAAAUCUGUCUUAUGUGUGUUUUUUGUGUUGGGCAAAGCUAGCUGUGAAUAUGUGGUUACUUUACUAGCUUACUUUUUUUUGUGCAACCCAAAAAACCAAGGCAAGACCAUUAUGAUGUAUGUACUUUGUGGUUUUCCUGCACAAGAUUCCUUGACCUUUUUUUUUUUGUCUACAAAGUUUGUACUAAUAAACUUUUUUUUUUGUAAGUUUAGUAAGAACAUAUCUUUCAAAAAAACAUAUAGUAACUGAUUGUGAGAAUUGUGAAACGCGUAAAGCAGGUAUUAGAGUCAUUUUACCGUCACGUCCAUUCUUCCACUCACAAUACUGGUACAGUAGAUACACACUGCUAACUGUAUAAUCAUAUAGACUUACACUGAAACACCCAGCAGUGGCUUUAUAUACACAAACUAAAGCCGCUUACAGCUUUAGAGACUUCAAAACUAAGGACAACCCUGAAAUAUUAUUGCCUUAUGUGUCUGUAUGAUGGUUAGCAUGUUAGCAGAAGCUUGCUAACACCUAACCACGCUGAGGAAAUACUGUUUCCUUUUUGCUCUGUUUUGGUGUGUCUGUAUGAUUUUGAUAAGCGCUCUGAAACUAAACAAAAGAGGUGAAUGAAAACUAUCUAACUACAGCUUUAAGGUCAAACCACCACGAAUAAACCAUUGGUUUACACAUA